CUCUCUCCUACUCAGAAUAAAAGUUUUUAUUUUUUUGUUUUUUACCACUUUUUCUUCUUUCCCUUUACUUCCAUAUUCAAUUUUGACCAAUGGCUCCCAUCGCUAAGAAGUCCAAGAAGAACGCUGAAUCUAUCAACUCUCGUCUCCAACUUGUUACCAAGUCUGGUAAAUACACCCUUGGUUACAAGACUACCUUGAAGUCUCUCCGUCUUGGCAAAUCCAAGUUGGUCAUCAUUGCUGGUAACUGCCCUCCUCUUCGCAAGUCUGAAAUUGAAUACUAUGCUAUGUUGUCCAAGACUGGUGUCCAUCACUACAACGGCAACAACAUCGAUCUUGGUACUGCUUGUGGUAAGCUUUUCCGUACCAGCGUCCUCUCCAUCACUGAUGCCGGUGACUCUGAUAUCUUGACUGCUCAAUAAAUGUAGUUUAGUAGUAGUUUUGGUUUAUAUAGAUAGUAAUUUUUUUUAUGUAUAUAUAACUGGAAUAAAGAAACUUCAUUUUGACGAGUGUUGAUACAUUCAA